UAGGAUUCAUGUGUACUGAAAAAAACACUAUAAAAGAUGUCAAAGGAAUGCGUUAUUGCAGAGCUAGGAGGGAGCUAACGAGGCAGGAAACAGUCAAAUGCUCAUAACUGAGUUGAAGGAUCGCGGGGCGUCGGAUUCCUGAGAACACAAGGAUGCGGUGCCGCAAGUUUUUGGGACUGGGUUCGGUUGGGACCUAUCUAUGGAUGGCAGUCUUUUUCAAAGGAUCCCAGCAGGGGGAGCACCAGCGGAGACUGUACAAGGACCUGAUGGCCAACUACAACCGGCUGGAGAGACCUGUGAUCAAUGACUCCUCCCCUAUCCUGGUUGAACUCGGGCUAACACUACUGCAGAUCAUUGAUGUGGAUGAGAAAAACCAGGUCCUGAUGACCAAUGCGUGGUUACAGCUGUACUGGACUGAUGUGUACCUCAGCUGGAACCCAGAGAACUAUCCUGGCGUUCAGAACCUACGUUUCCCUUCCAGCCAGAUCUGGACCCCUGACAUACUCCUUUACAACAGUGCCGACGAGAGAUUUGAUGCCACCUUCCACACCAAUGUGCUGGUGAACGCGUCGGGCUACUGCCAGUACAUCCCCCCAGGCAUCCUGAAGAGCACCUGCUACAUUGAUGUGCGCUGGUUCCCGUUUGACAUCCAGAAGUGUGACCUGAAGUUUGGCUCGUGGACCCACAACGGCUGGCUGCUGGACCUCCAGAUGCUGGACGUGGACACAUCCACCUACAUCCCCAACGGGGAGUGGGACCUCGUGGGAGUCCCAGCCAAGCGCAACGAGCUCUACUAUGAUUGCUGCAAGGAGCCCUACCCAGACGUCACGUUCACGGUCACCAUGAGGAGACGCACGCUGUACUACUGUCUCAACCUGCUCAUCCCCUGUGUCCUCAUCUCUGGCCUGGCCCUGCUGGUCUUCCUGCUGCCCGCUGACUCCGGAGAGAAGAUCUCUCUGGGCAUUACAGUUCUACUGUCUCUAACGGUCUUCAUGCUUUUGGUUGCUGAGAUCAUGCCGGCCACGUCAGACUCUGUGCCUCUCAUUGCUCAGUACUUUUCCUGCACCAUGAUGAUAGUGGGGCUGUCGGUGGUGGUGACAGUUCUGGUCCUGCAGUUCCAUCACCACGACCCACAGGGAGGCAAGAUGCCAAGAUGGGUAAGGGUUCUGUUGUUGAACUGGUGUGCCUGGUUCCUCCGUAUGAAACAGCCAGGUGAGGAGCGUAAACCCGCAGGCCCGCACAAGUACUGCAGCCCCCUCCAGCAGCGUUCCAGUGUCAGCUCCAUCGAGAUGGGCCCCGUGGGGCCCCUGACAGGCCUCACCACUCCCCUGUCACAGGCCCCCUGUGCCACAGGUGCCACCAACGGCAGCAUGAGCCUCUACUUCAGCUACCAUGCCGUCGAGAGCCCUCGCUGCCACCCAUCCAGCGACUCAGGAGUGGCACUAGGGGGGCGGGGCCAAGGGUCCCUCUGCGAAGAGGCCGAGCCCCCGGGGGGGGUAGCAGGCGGAGGGAGAGAAGGAGGAGGUGUGAUCUUGACAUCCCCGGAGAUCCUUCAGAUCCUGGAGGAGGUGUCAUAUAUCUCCCAGCGCUUCAGGGACCAGGAUGAGGAAGUAGCGAUCUGCAGCGAGUGGAAGUUUGCUGCUGCCGUGGUGGACCGGUUGUGUCUGGUGGCUUUUACUCUCUUCUCCAUCAUUUGCACCUUCACCAUCCUGAUGUCAGCUCCCAACUUCUUGGAGGCCAUCACCAAGGACUAUCUACCCAAGUAGUGGAAAUAUAUUGAACCGUAAAGGACAGUUUUCCUGACACAGAUUAAGUCUAACCCUGGACUAAGAGCUCUUUCCGUAAGAAAUCUCCAUCGAGCAUGCAUUUUAGUACAGUACUAAGCUCUUUUUCUGUGUAUAGGAAACCAACCUUAAAUGUUCUAUACAGAUUACUCUUGAGUACAUUUAAUAAAAAUAUUUUACGUCAAUUGGUGUAUUAGGGCCGGGCGAUAAAAAAACAUUAAUAAUUACCACAUUUGAUUUUGAUAUGAUAACAAUAAACUAUAUUGAUGAUAUUGUGAUACAGCUCAUUUUGAGUCUUGCAUCCCUUCCACCAAGUUGAAGAGGCAUAAUUAACCCUCGUUUAGCAAAAUCCUUAUGUUAUUGGGCAUAUCGCCUAGCCCUAACGUCUAUACUGUACAUAUGUGUAACAAUGUAAUUGUUGACUUCCCUUGGAUACAGCUUAAGCUGUUCCUGUAUGUUGACACGCCAUUCAUAAAUGUCAUUACUUUUACAUACACAUGACCUUUGAACUAUUGAUCCAUUGUACGAAAUGUAAAGAAUUGGGCCUUAUUGGAAUUUUUUAACGCUUGCCAAUACAGUGGCCUGUUGAUAGCGACACCGUCUAUAUCAAACCUGGACACAAAAAGAGCUGUAUUUUGCAGUUUACUUGAAAUUAUGAAAAAUAUUUAUUUCUUCAGUAUUCAAAUACAGGCCAAAUGCAGGAACAAUUUGACUACCUCUCAGAAAACCAAAUGACUGUAUACGUAUUUGAAGGUAUUUAAAUAUAAAACAAGUAUGUGACGGUUGCCAAAUAUUUGAUGAAAAACCAAAAAACUGUUUAUUUAAUAUUUCUAAGUGUCUGAUCAUUAGUACAUACUAUGAAUCAUAAUAUGGCCUACACAAUAAUUAAAUACAUGAAAUCCCCUCCACAUUGUGACAGUGCCUUGCAAAAGUAUUCAGAACCCUGACCAGUUCUUUCAUUUUACUGUUGUUUAUAAAUGUAUUUAACUCUGUGCUGUGGAAGCUCCCAGUUUACACAGAUAACAGAAAUGCCCUAACAAGGACACUGGUAUCUUGCCAUUGGCCUCCACCCAUGAAUCAUUUAAGUUGCUGUCACAUUUUCUGGAUAAAACCACCACUUUUGAAUGAUUAGGCUUUUUAAGACCAAAGAGUGAAACUUGAAGUUGUGGCUGACACUUAGGAGUUCAGAAAGACUCUGAUUAUUUAGUCAAUUUAAAUCUUAGUCAGAAUAUACAUGAAUUCAAUUUUGUUCAUAAGAUUAUUAUUUAUUGAUGACUACUUUUUUGUUCCUCUAACAAUUUUCACUCUUUUAAACGUUACCUUCAUAUGAUUUUCUGAGUGGAAGAUCAAGUUGACAAACACAUUAUUCUUUGCUUUUAUGUUGAAAUAUACCUAGGGUGCCAAUAAUUCUGGAGGGCCUGUUUAAAUACAGUCUGCUCCUUAAAAUGAAAUGAAUUGUAAUUACCAAAAUAUUAUUAUUAUAAUGAGUGGUUAUACUAUAUCUAAGGUCCUUUAAUAAACCGCAUAUCAAACGUUUUUAAAUACAUUAUUCCAAUGUAAACAAUUGCUAAAUAUUAAAUUCUGUAUUUACAAAACAGAUUAACAUAUUACUCAAUGGUAAGUUAUAAGGCGUUUGAUUGCAGUUAAUUUCAGAAUGUGUAAACAAUGAAUUAUUCAAUGUUAUUAAACACCACUAAAAGUUAUGUUCAACUCCUUAGAAUAUGUUUCCAGUAUUUGGUCAUGGUUAACUUAUGGUUUGACAUUUAUAUUUGGGAUGGCAGGGUAGCUUAGUGGUUAGAGCAUCAGACCAGUGACCGCAACGUUGCUUUUGCGAUUUCUUUUCCACAUUCAUAUUGUGGGUUACUGUGUGUAAAUAAAGCUGGAAAAAGUCAGAUUUUAUGUGUUGACAUUUCAGGCUGUACGGCAAGAAAAGGCAAGCAUUUUGAAAUGGGGUGGUGACUUUCUAUAUCCACUGUGUAACCAUAGUAACCCCUGCGCCCUACAGAGAUGUUUCACUGUGAAACUGUGCUUCCUGAUGUUUUUUGUUUCAUUUGUUUUAUUCCUCAUAUAGUUUUAUUUUCACCGUAUAUUGUUUAAAAGCUGUGUGUACUGAUUUUAAUUAGAACUGCAAGCUAACGCUGCCCCGGCAGAAUAAGCGACCGGCCGUGUAGGUAUUUUGCCAUUGACUUCAAGGGUCACAUUGACCCAGCCACUCCGUGAAUGGUUUGUGACAGGGUGACACGAGGCUCGCCGGUAUGUCAGAAGAGACUGAACCUGAAACAACCUGCAACGUCAAAAGCUGUGGAAAUGAACAAUUUAGCAGAUACAAGUAGCGCCUGACUGAACCAACUUUCUGUCAGAUAAGCUGUCCGUGCAUCUGUGUUCACCAGUAAUAACUUGUUAUUGUAUUCUCAAAACCCCCCAGUCCUCAGAGUUCUCCCGUAUUGUGUCCUUAAUUACUGGCAUUUCUUUUCCGCCAAUAAACCCUCGCGAGAAGCCUACAAUGA